AUGGCUAACUAUGAUGCAGGAGAAAUCUCGACAGAAGCAUUUCAUCAACCUGAUUCCCUCGGAGAAUUUCACAUCGCAGGCCGUCCUCGAUGCCCUUGGCAGUGUUAUGCAGAGUCAGUCGUUUUUGACAAAUGGUGUUUGGCGAAAUCUAACGUACCGGCAACAGAUAAAUACUCCGAGGGAUAUCCAGGCGCGAGAUACUAUGGUGGGAAUGAAUUCAUCGACCAAUCCGAACGUCUCUGCCAGCAGCGCGCCCUGCAAGCAUUCGGAUUGAACCCAGAAGAAUGGGGUGUGAACGUGCAACCUCUAUCCGGCUCUCCCGCAAAUUUCUACGCAUACUCGGCUGUGCUGCAACCCCACGACCGUAUCAUGGGAUUAGACCUUCCUCAUGGCGGUCAUCUUUCCCACGGCUAUCAGACCCCCACGAAGAAGAUCUCCGCCGUCUCAAAGUAUUUUGAAACCUUGCCGUACCGCCUAGACGAAUCCACUGGCCUGAUCGAUUAUGACAAGCUGGAAGAGAUGGCUAACUUGUACCGACCGAAACUGAUUGUUGCUGGAACAUCCGCUUACAGCAGGCUGAUUGAUUACCCACGCAUGAAGAAGAUCGCUGACGGCGUUGGUGCGUAUCUGUUGAGCGAUAUGGCUCACAUUUCUGGGUUGGUUGCCGCCGGUGUCGUCCCCUCACCAUUCCCGCAAUCUGAUAUUGUGACAACCACGACGCACAAAUCCCUCCGAGGACCCCGCGGGGCCAUGAUCUUCUUCCGCAAGGGUAUCCGCAGACGAGACGCCAAGGGAAAUCCCAUUAUGUAUGACUUGGAAAAUCCCAUCAAUGCCGCCGUGUUCCCCGGCCACCAAGGUGGACCCCACAACCAUACGAUCACUGCUCUUGCUGUUGCUCUGAAGCAGGCUCAAAGCCCUGAAUUCAAGACAUAUCAGCAAAACGUCCUGGAGAAUGCGAAGGCGUUGGCCGGACGUCUCGGUAACUCUACCAACAGCGGCGGGCUUGGCUACAACAUCGUUUCUGGUGGUACCGACAACCAUCUUGUUCUCGUCGACCUCAAAAAUCGUGGCGUCGAUGGUGCCCGUGUUGAGAGAGUCCUAGAGCUUUGCGGUGUGGCAAGCAACAAGAACACCGUCCCAGGAGACAAAUCGGCCAUGAAGCCUGGAGGUCUGCGAAUGGGUACACCUGCCAUGACCUCUCGCGGUUUCGGGCCCGAGGACUUCUCGCGCGUUGCUGACAUCGUGGACCGGGCCGUCAUCAUCACACAGAAACUGGACAAGGCGGCCAAGGCUGAGGCUGAGAGUAAGAAUAGGAAGAACCCCACAAGUUUGAAGGCAUUCUUUGAAUACCUCGGAGAAGGUGAAGAGAUUUCAGAGAUUGUUCAAUUGAGAAAAGAGGUUGAAGACUGGGUGGGAACAUUCAGCCUUCCAUGGACUGAGGAGUAA